CCCGCCACCCGCCGGCCCUUCCGUUUCACUCAGCGGAGCCACUGAGAGGGACGGGUGCCGGCCAUGGAGCGCACAGCAGGCAAAGAGCUGGCCCUGGCACCGCUGCAGGACUGGGGGGAAGAGACCGAGGACGGCGCGGUGUACAGUGUCUCCCUGCGGCGACAGCGCAGUCAGCGCUUGAGCCCGGCGGAGGGCACCGGGGGCAGCCAGGCCCCCAGCCCCAUUGCCAACACCUUCCUCCACUAUCGAACCAGCAAGGUGAGGGUGCUGAGGGCGGCGCGCCUGGAGCGGCUGGUGGGAGAGUUGGUGUCUGGAGACCGUGAGCAGGACCCCAGCUUUGUGCCCGCCUUCCUGGCCACCUACCGGACCUUUGUACCCACUGCCCACCUGCUGGGCUUUCUGCUGCCACCAAUGCCGCCGCCCCCACCUCCUGGGUCAGUAGUGAACCAGAACCUCCAUGUUCCCCACCCUAGACCCCCAGUUGGGCAUGGAAGGGUUGCAGGAGUCGCGGCCGCCCGGCGGAAGACAUCCCAGAGCCUCCAAGGCCUGCGUUCCGGCGAACAGAUCGGAGCACCUACUCCGCUGGGCUAUUUAACAAUAUCAGACCCUGCGGCGCCAGGGCGCAGCCACAAGGAGGGACCUCCCAGAGUUGCCCAAACUUCUGACCCAGACUCUGCAGAGGCCUGCGCGGAGGAAGAGGAAGGAAUCAUGCCGCAAGCUCCCCAGCUCCUGGACUUCAACGUGGACGAGGUGGCCGAGCAGCUGACCCUCAUGGACUUGGAGCUCUUCUCCAAGGUGAGGCCCUACGAGUGCCUGGGCUCCGUGUGGUCGCAGAGGGACCGGCCCGGGGCUGCAGGCGCCUCCCCCACUGUGCGCGCCACCGUGGCCCAGUUCAACACAGUGAUCGGCUGUGUGCUGGGUUCCGUGCUCGGAGCGCCGGGCUUGACCGCCCCGCAGAGGGCGCAGCGGCUGGAGAAGUGGAUCCGCAUCGCCCAGCGCUGCCGAGAACUGCGGAACUUCUCCUCCUUGCGCGCCAUCCUGUCCGCCCUGCAAUCUAACCCCAUCUACCGGCUCAAGCGCAGCUGGGGGGCCGUAAGCCGGGAACCGCUAUCUACCUUCAGGAAACUUUCGCAGAUUUUCUCCGAUGAGAACAACCACCUCAGCAGUAGAGAGAUUCUUUUCCAGGAGGAGGCCACUGAGGGAUCCCAAAAAGAGGACAACACCCCAGGCAGCCUGCCCUCGAAACCACCCCCAGGCCCUGUCCCCUACCUUGGCACCUUCCUCACGGACCUGGUUAUGCUGGACACAGCCCUGCCGGAUAUGUUGGAGGGGGAUCUCAUUAACUUUGAGAAGAGGAGGAAGGAGUGGGAGAUCCUGGCCCGCAUCCAGCAGCUGCAGAGGCGCUGUCAGAGCUACACCCUGAGCCCCCACCCGCCCAUCCUGGCUGCCCUGCAUGCCCAGCGCCAGCUCAGUGAGGAGCAGAGCUACCGGCUCUCCCGGGUCAUUGAGCCACCAGCUGCCUCUUGCCCCAGCUCCCCACGAAUCCAACGGCGGAUCAGCCUCACCAAGCGUCUCAGUGCGAAGCUUUCCCGAGAGAAAAGCUCAUUCCCUAGUUGGAGUCCCGGGAACCCCUCAUCCCCCACCUCCAGUGUGUCCCCAGGGUCUCCCCCCUCAAGUCCCAGAAGCAGAGAUGCUCCUGCUGGCAGUCCCCCGGCCUCUCCAGGGCCCCAGGGCCCCAGCACCAAGCUGCCCCUGAGCCCGGACCUGCCCAGACCUGGCCCUUUGCCUCUGGGCAGCCCUCGAAUCCCCCUCCCGGCGCAGCAGAGCUCGGAGGCCCGCGUCAUCCGCAUCAGCAUCGACAAUGACCAUGGGAACCUGUAUCGAAGCAUCUUGCUGACCAGUCAGGACAAAGCCCCCAGCGUGGUCCAGCGAGCCUUGCAGAAGCACAAUGUACCCCAGCCCUGGGCCCGUGAUUAUCAGCUCUUUCAAGUCCUUCCUGGGGACAGGGAGCUCCUGAUUCCUGACAAUGCCAACGUCUUCUAUGCCAUGAGUCCAGCCGCCCCCGGAGACUUCAUGCUACGGCGGAAAGAGGGGACCCGGCACACUCUGUCUGUCUCCCCGACCUGAGGCAGCUGUGUCCUCCCCGCAAGACACAAGUCCCACAGGCAAGCUUGUGACUCGUCUCCUGGAAAGCCGCCAUCCCCCAAUAGAAGCUACUAUACUCUGUAUCCUGGGACCACCCCCCAACUGUAGCCCAUUGGACCCCAUCUCUUUUCAUGACCCUGUUGGUACUAGAUCCAUAUUCCAAAGACAUCAGCCCAUGGGUGGCUGGUGGACAGUUCAAUCUCAUAAGUAUAGAAAGGGGUGGGGCAUGGGUACGUCAGAUCCCUCCCCAGAGAAAUGUUACAAAUGUUGGAGAUGCAUCAGAAGUGACAGAUGCAGAUGAAAAUAGUGACCAGAGUUAUGAAACAGG